CCGAAACUAUAGUUGGCAGUUGUCGUUGGUAACGUUGUAAAUAAUACAUGUAGCAUAAUCUGGAUCAACUCUUGAAUUUAAUUGACAUUCCUGCAAAAUGGCAGAGGAUAAGAAACCAGAUAAAUCGGCAAUAGAUGAUAGUGCAUUUGAAUCUCUGGAAAAAGAUUUCCAAGAUGUUCUCAACCAGCUUACUGGCAGUGAGGGAAUGGAUAAGUUUAGAGAACAAUUUGAGAAACUUCAUAAAGCUUUGAAAAAGUCACAUGAUGGAGAAAAGAGAUUGAUGCAAAAAUGUCGUGAGUUGAAUGCUGAGAUCGUAGCGAAUUCUGCCAAAGUAGCCACUGCCCUCAAACUUUCUCAGGAUGACCAACAUACAAUUACAGAACUUAAAAAGGAACUUGACAGAGUAUGGAAGAUGGCAGAUCAGGCUAAUGAGAAAGAAACAAGAGCAAGGGAGACAAUUCAAGAUUUGAGAUUGGAGGUCAUUAAUUUGAGUAAGCUUGUUGAACAAGGUGCUAACUUAACAAUGGGACAAGAACACAGUGUGAAUGGUCUUUUGAAAAUAAAAGAAGAUUUAACAAAGGAAAGAGAAGAACAUUUAAAGGAGAUUGCUAAAUUACAAGAAGCUGCAGAAAACUCCAACAGUAUACAAAGUAAAAUAGAAGGGGAAAAACAAAAAUUAGACGAGAAAAUUCAGGAGUUAACCCAAGACAUACAAAUAAGGAAUAAUGACGCACAGAGAGAGAAUAGGAAAAAAGAGAAGAUGGAAAGAGAACUGAAACAAACAAAAGCUGAGUUGGAUGCAAAGAACAGUGAAAUAAAAUCAGCCAGAUCUACAAUGGAACGUCACAAUCUGGAAAAGUCCCAUUUGGAGCAGCAGCUUAAGGAACAGAGGAUUAUGGCGGAAAGGGCAAUUAAGGAUGCUGAUAUGCAGACAACACGUUUACAGAAACUGCAACAAGAUUAUGACAAUCAGCUGACUAAUUAUGAGCAACUAAAUGCUGACCAGCAAUCAAGACUUUCUGAACUUAAGCAAAAAGAUGAUGAGAUCAAUCAGCUGAAGAAGGAAACAACAAGAUUAAAUAAAGUAAGGGAGACAAUCCAGAGACGACUAAGACAAAUAGAAGAUCUGAAAGCUGAAGUUGAACAACAGAAAGAAAUCCUGAAAAGUCAAAAUCUAGCUUUAGAAAGAGAUCUUGAUGCCACUAUUAAGAAAGUAGACACUGGUAAAAAGGAAAACCAAGAUGUUGUGAAGAAAUUUGAAACUGAGAAGAAGGGUUCAGAAAAGAUGAAGAAUGAAUUCCAGAAAAGAUUUGAAGAAAUGGCUGCUGAUAUCAACAAAUUCAAGAAAGCAGAACAGGAAAUAGAAAAUUACAAGGAUGAGGCCCAGAAACAAAGAAAAAUCAUCUACCAACUGGAGAAAGAAAGAGACAGAUAUAUCAAUGAAGCCAGUGAUCUUACACAAAAGGUCUUGGAACACAUGGAGUUGGUUAAGACAAAGGAAAUGAAAAUAUUUGAAUACAAGAAGAAAAUAGCUGAAGCUGAGACAAGACUUAGACAACAGCAAAACUUGUACGAGGCUGUCAGAAGUGAUCGUAACUUGUACAGCAAAAACUUGAUUGAGUCUCAGGAUGAAAUCACUGAGAUGAAGAAGAAACUAAAGAACAUGAACCAUCUGAUAGAUCAGUUGAAGGAAGAUAUACAGAACAAGGAGAAUGCCAUCGUCCAGGCUGCUGUCAAGGCCAAGAAACUGGAGAAGGAUAAGGAUAUCCUGAAGUCUGAGAGAGACAAGAGUAGACAACAAGUACUGGAGAGUAAGGAUGUCAUCAACAACCAAGCUGCAGAGGAAAAGAAAUUACUGAAGAUUAUUGCUGAGGCUGAUGCAGAGAGAGUCAGACAAAAGAAAGAAUUAGAACAAGUUAUAAGUGAAAGAGAUAUUUUAGGAACACAGCUGGUUAGACGUAAUGAUGAGUUAGCUUUGCUGUAUGAGAAGAUAAAGAUCCAACAGUCAACACUGAACAAAGGAGAAAUCCAGUAUAAUCAACGACUAGAGGAUAUUAGAGUACUUAAACUAGAGAUCAGAAAACUGAGAAGAGCCAACAACAUCCUCAACAAGAGUGUAGCCAAUGUUGGAGAUCUGAGACGUGAGGUUUACCACAUUCAGAGAGAACUUUUGAGAGAGAGAACAAGAUGUAAAGCAUUGGAGGAGGAACUUGAGAAUCCUAUGAAUAUUCAUAGAUGGAGAAAACUAGAGGGAAGUGAUCCAAGUCAGUUUGAGAUGAUACAGAAGAUCCACACACUACAGAAGCGUUUGAUUGCCAAGACAGAGGAGGUUGUGGAGAAGGAGUUAUUGAUCCAGGAGAAGGAGAAGUUGUAUCUAGAACUGAAGCACAUCCUGGCAAGACAACCAGGUCCAGAAGUGGCAGAACAAUUACAGAUUUAUCAACAAACACUGAAAGAAAAGACAAAACAAAUGAAGGCUAUGGCAUCAGAACUGAACAUGUACGAAUCCCAGGUCGGUGAAUAUAAGUAUGAGAUAGAAAGAAUUGCCAGAGAGUUACAAGAAGUCAAGAAGAAAUAUUUUAUGCAGAAAAAGAAAGAGUCACAAACAAAAGAGAGGGAGCGUACACUAGCUCAAGCAGGGGCUCCUGUUAUACAACCACAAAGAUCGGAUGGUCCACGUUUCACAGGUGGAGGAUUUAAUUUGAAAGCAACAAAAGGAGCAACGUAGCAUAGACCACAUUUAGGACAUUUCACAAAAACUUCUACAGAAAACAGAAAAAUUAUAAACUAUAAUUUUUUAUUUUAAACACUGUAUCAACAAAAUGUUAUCUGUCUUUUUUGGAAUUUCCAAAUGAAAUGUUGAGAUUAUAUUCAGAAGAAUUGGGAGGGGGAAUUUAAAAAAAAAUUUAAAAGAUGACUUGAGUGCAUAGUUUCAUAAGAAUAAGUUGAGUUUUAUUUGAAAAAUCUCAAAACAUAAGUAAGAUUUCACUUAACGGAUUAUUCAGUUUUGUUGUUUUCAUGAAAAUGGUAAAACAGAUUUUGAAUAUGAAGUUUUAGAAUUAAAGUGAAUGAUCAUCUUUUGUCAUCAGAUGGUUUACUAAUUUUUAUCUCUGGUUACCGGUAACUGCAACUCCAACUAAUAUGAGUAUAGUUUCUAAAGUUAAAUUUUCAUGUGAAACAGUAUGAAGUUUUUAGCCACUUUCCUAUAGUAUUUUACUAGUAAAUAAUUCUUGUGAAUCAUUUACAUCACUUCUAAAAUGAUAAAUAUAUUCUACCUAAUAAUUCAAAAUUUAUGUUUCUGAAUUCUUGAAUUCUGUCCUGUAUACAAAUAUUAAUAUCUGUGAUAUUUUAUUUUAAUCUAUUAAAUUCCUUUACAUUA